AUGGCCGGGAAGGUUCCAUGGUUAAUCCAGAAAAUUGCUGCCAUUGGUUGCGAUGUCUCGACGGCCAAGGUCACGAGGGAGAAACUUGCCUCGAAGGAACUGGAAGAUGAUGGGAGGAUGAAGCAGAAGAAUUUGAAAGCUCUGUUCAGCGAGAACAUCUUAGGGAUACAAAAUUUGGCUAUUGCUAACCCUCAAAUCAAGGCAGCAGUUUAUGGAGGUAAAGAGAUAGAUUUUGCAGACCUCAGCACACUCUUCAAUGGGGUUAAUGAGCAGGUAAAUCUUCUGAAAGCUAAGUUAGCUGCUAGAAAGGCUAGGCGCACAGCUGGUACAAGUGGGGAAGUGAAGCUGAAGCUUAUCAACGCAGAGUUUAAAUUGGAAUUUGCUGAAACUCACAUGACUGAGCAACUUAGGGAACACGGGAUGGCUUGGGGAAGUUAUAAAAGAUUCAGGAUUGUCAGCGAUGGUGAUGACAUACGCUUAUUGUAUCACGCUUGUUUCUAUGCGAAUUUGUCAGGAGUAUUCGCAGCUGGUACAGGUGGGGAAGUGGAGCUGAAGCUUAUCAACACAUGGUUUAAAUUGGAAUUUGCUGAAGCUCACAUUACUGCGGAACUUAGGGAACACGGGAUGGCUUGGGAGAAGUUAUACAAGGUGGAAAAGGUUGCAAAUAUGGUUCCAUGGUUAACCCAGAAAAUUGCUGCCAUUGGUUGCGAUGUCUGGAAGGCCAAGGUUGAGAGGGAGAAACUUGCCUUGAAGGAACUGGAAGAUGAGGGGAGGAUGAAGCAGAAGAAUGUGAAAGCUCUGUUCAGCGAGGACAUCCUCGAGAUACAAAAUUUGGCUAUUGCUAUCCCUCAAAUCAAGGCAGCAGUUGAUGGAGGUGAAGAGAUAGAUUCUGCAGACCUCAAGACACUCUUGGAUGGGGUUGAUGAGCAGACGUUAACUACCUUCCAUGAUGUGCUUGUGGAUUUUCGGACGCACUGCGAAAGCAUCAAUCUCGAGAGGCAAAGUGUGACUGAGCUGGAAGCUGAUCUUGAGACCAGAUUGGCACGUCUUUUGGAACUGUUGUCUCAACUCGUUAUUACACCACCUCGCAAAUUCAUGAUUGUGAAGGAUAGUGAUGACAUACGUUUAUUGUAUCACGCUUAUUUCUAUGCGAAUUUGUCGGGAGUAUUCGCAGCUGGUGCGAGUGAGGAAGUGAAGCUGAAGCUUAUCAACGCAGGGUUUAAGUUGGAAUUUGCUGACUCACAUGACUGA